UAGUCGCGUUGCGAGUUAGAUACGUGUCUACAUUCGACUUAAAUUAUGCAACGAUUUUCAUUUAUGUUUUAUAUUAAGGUUAAGAAGUAAUAUAUUUCUCAAAUUAUGUGUUAAGUGCAACUAAUUAAAACUUAUUCCUGCAUAGUCGAUUUAUUUGAAUAGGGAAAACAAUGAAGUAAUAUUGUUUUCUGAAUGUAGUCAGUGUUUUAGAUAAACAUUAUUAGCAAACAUGAGUUUCCUUUCUAUAUUCGGUGUAAUUAAAAGAAUAAACUUCAAGUUAUCUCACACUGUGGCGAAGAAAUGUGAUGUGAAGUGUACUCGAGAGUUUUCAACGCGCGAAUUGCUGAAGGAAGCAUAUUGUCGCACGAAAUUGAAAUGUCGAUCCAAGAAGCUGCCUCAAGAUGUGAAUCCUCGGGGUGUGUUCGCCUGCAAUGAACUGGAUUUGUCAGAAGUGCAGGUGUAUGGAUUUGACUAUGACUACACGUUGGCACAUUACAAGCCUACCCUGGAGCAUUUACUCUACAAUCUCGGCAGAGAUAUAUUGCUGGAAAAAUAUAAGUAUCCAGCGGAAAUUUUGACACUAGAGUAUAAGCCACACUUUGCUGUACGAGGUCUUCAUUAUGAUAUUGAAAAAGGCCUACUACUGAAGUUGGACUCAUUCCUCCAAAUACAAUUCGGAGCAGUUUACCGAGGACUGACACCUGUGUCAACAGAAGAGGUUCUCAAGAUAUACAAGAAUAGGAUAAUACCAAUAGCAUAUGUGGAAGGUGACAUGAGGGCUCACAAAGCCAACAGGGCGAAGAUGGUGCAUCUAGCCGACUUGUUUUCUGUGCCAGAAAUGGGGCUGCUAUGCAAUGUGGCAGAAUAUUUCAUUAGGAACCAUAUUGAUUACCAUCCUGAGAUCCUCUUCUUAGAUGUUAAGAACUCUGUUCAAAGCUGCCACCCCAUAAUGCACAAGAUCGUAGCACAGAACGUGGAAGAGUACAUCAGGCCCAACCCAGACCUCAGGAAGUACUUCCAGAUGUUACAGCAGUCUGAUAAGAAACUGUUCCUGGUUACGAACAGCCCGUACCACUUUGUUAACGCGGGCAUGGAAAUGCUGGUGGGCCUGGACUGGCGGGAGUUCUUCGACGUGGUGAUUGUGAACGCCAACAAGCCCAAGUUCUUCACCGAAGAGUCGCGCCCCAUCAGAGUGUUCGACAAGAACGCCAACACACACAUCUGGGAGAAGGUCACUUCCUUAGAGAAAGGCAUCAUUUAUUAUGAGGGCACAGUGAAGCAGUUACAAGAUUUAACAGGCUGGAGCGGGCACCAAGUGCUGUACUUCGGCGACCACCCAUACAGCGACCUCGCUGACGUGACCUUGGAGCACGGCUGGCGGACCGGCGCCAUUAUCAACGAGCUCACGCACGAGAUAAACACACUCAACACGCAGGAGUUCAAGGAGAACGCCAACUGGCUGCAGAUGCUGACACAGCUCAUCGAGGACCACCAGGACUACAAGGAGCCCGAGGCUCUGGAAGUGCUUGCACAGUGGAUGGCCGAGAGAGACUUCCUGAGGAAUGAAAUAAAGGCAGUGUUCAACGCCCAGUUCGGCAGUGUGUUUCGGACUUACCACAACCCGACUUACUUCUCGAGGCGGUUAUUCCGAUUCGCGGACAUCUACACGUCUAAUAUAAUUCAUCUGCUCAACUACUCGUUAACGCAUACGUUUUAUCCGCGCCGGGGUGUUAUGCCUCACGAAUAUGGAUCAUAUUUCGUUUAGAUACGUAAGGCAUUCUAAUACAGUUUGUUCACGAAACCUGGCACGAAUGGAAUGAACGAUACUUUUAUUGCGUGAGUGAGACCUGCAUCGGUAUACAGAUGUAACUGUCAAGAGCCACUAUUUUAUUGGUUAAUCUGUCACACACAGAAAUGUUCAUUCACUCAUUCGUUCCAUUCGUAGCAGCUCUUGUGAAUGGACCCGUAUAUGGUGUAAAUUGAGCUCGAUUUUUGCUACACCUUAGUUCGUAAUCAAACAACGCAUUUUCAGUCAAUUCGAAAAAUUAUUAGAUUCCAGUACCUUGUUACUUUUGGGCUCGACCACUAUUACGUGACUUUCUCAGGCAAAAGGUAUCACCGUAUGUCAAUUUAUUUAUAACUUUGUUAUAACUAUAUUUUUAACUCUGUCUUAUCUAUCGUUACCGUCGAAGUAUACCUUUUACCUGAAAACCACUCACGUAAAAUUUUAAUUAUACUUAAUUUAAGAAAAUCUGUCACGCUAAAAGUGCAAAUAUGAUGAAUCUGUAAAUAUAGUUAUUCUUAUUUGUAAAUAUACUAAAUCGUUUUAGAUGUUUUUGAAUCAAAUUGUAUAACAAUUAUUUUAUCAAUUCGUUAAUGCUAGUUCAAAGUUUUUUAUUCUUGCUUGUAGUUUGUACAAGGUUAAAAUAAUACAUACUGCAUUUUUAGAAGAAUAAAUGUUAACAACGUUUUUGUUUAUUUUUUAGGCAAAAACAAAUUGUGUCAGAUUAUGUAUUUGUCAAUAUAAUUAAGUACAUAUCAACUUUUACCAUUGUCGAUCUAGUCUAGUUAUUUUCACAUAUAUACCUACAUCAGCUUCGGUAUAUGGAUCUGGUCAUUAUCAUAAAUUUAAAUUACAGUAUUUUAUUUUUACUCCUCUUUAUGUCUGAUUUUUUUAACUCUAUCGACAUAAUGACAGGCUACACAUAUUUACUUUCAUAACUUUAAGUUACUUGUAGUAAAAACAUAUAUUAUUCAAGAGUAUUUGGAGAAUAGAAGGCAUUCAAAAAGUUAAUUAUAACUUUUUAUUUCUGUAACUGCAAUAGGCUAGUUUCCUACUAGUCAAAUCAGCUUCUGUUUAUUUAUGA